AUGUGGGUUGACACGGGAUCCGUUUCCUAUUAUUAUGACCCGACUGUGUACGUUUCAUUUUGUAAAACCCUAGAUCUGAAUUCUCCUUCUCGUGUACUCCUUCUUUCUCUCCAUCUAGCGCCCAAUUUAGUGUCUCCCUCCUCUAUUCAAUCAUCGAUUUUACAUCUUGAAGGUCUGGUGGUGGUAGCACUUCAAACCGUGGUGCCAGAAGUGGCACAAGUCAUUAUGCUGGCCGUGGUUCUAGAUGGUGUUUGGAUGUCAAACAAGCAUAUUGUCGAAGAAGCGGCGGUGCAAUGCAAGCUCAAGACCGGAAAUGGUAGUUCUUCUAAUUAUGCAAGCUUCUCAAUUGGGUUAUGUGGAUUAUGAUAUAGAUAUAACCAAAGGUGAAAGGAACUGUAGUUUAGAGACCAUUAAGAAGUUAGGUUCGAUAAAAUGUUUGUUA